UGCGCGAGGGCGGCUGAGGGGCAGGGAAUGGGGGGAGAGUAUGAGGAUAUCAUCGCACUGGAGCCGGUGCAGAGAAUCCCUUAUACUCACUAGUACGAUACGAAGAAGCUUCUCGGCACAAACCAGUGGUGAGGUCCAUAUCAGAAACGUAUUAAAAGAGAGAUUUCCACAGGCUUCGUCGAUCAAGGUUGUGGAUAUAUCAGGAGGUUGUGGAGCCAUGUAUGAAGUCCACAUCGAAUCAGUUGAAUUUAAAGGAAAGCGACUUGUGCAACAGCACCAGAUGAUCAACCAGGCAUUAAAAAACGAAAUACAAUCCAUGCACGGACUGAGGAUAUUUACUGCUGUUCCAAAGUAGCCAAAGGAUCUUGGCGGAGAGGAAGGACAUCGACAGAACGGAAUGGAAAGUAGACCAAAAUGUGCAACAAAAGCGUGAAUUGUACACGUUCUAGGAAAAUGUGUGAAUGUGAACAGGGAUUAGGUCCUGUGGUGAGCCAAGAAGGUGUGUCCCAGCACUAGAUACAUCUUCUGUAUUUGACUGAUUGUCUGCAAGCACCUGAGAAUUUGAUCAUGAACAAUUCUAGAUCUAUAAACACCAGGAAAAGACUUAAAAAGAGAAGCUGAUAAAUACAAUGUAAUUUUUAUGUGUAGAAGGCCUUAAGCCACAUUCUUUACACUACCUACCACAACAUCCUAUUGCACGACAUUCAUUCAAUAGUCUUACGACAGUCGAAGCUAUCCUUGUUCAAAGUUUGACAGUAAAUUUAUUAUCAAAUUAUACACCGUAUACUCCUCGAGCCCAGUGUUGCCGGCUUUUGUAUCUUCUCUCCAAUGAGAGGAGAGAGAGGGGAGAUUGUCCAGAGUGAGUCAGGUGGGGUCUUUGUAUCGGUAACUUUUCUAAAGUAGUGAGAACCCUAGCCAGAGUACUGGGGAUGAGGCUGGUUUUUGUGAUGUGCUGAGCUGUGUCCACCACUCUCGCCAGAAUUACUUCACGGGUCUUUGGCUGUUUAUCCAAGUGUGGAGGUGAAUGUGGAACAGUGUUAAAUUGUGGUGUAGUUUCAAAGUCAGGAAUAUUCUUGACAUAAACAUGCGGGGAAAAGGGACUUGUAAAUGGAACUGGGAAAAUCCCUGCGCUGCCCUAAGAAAUUGUUGAUGAAGUGAAAGGCCAGGUCACAAAAUAAUCUUCUUUAAUUAGGGGGAAAGUAAGAAUUUCAAAUUUCAAAAUCAAUUUAUUAUCGAAGUACAUAUAUGUCAUCAUGUCUAACCGUGAGAUUCAUCUUCUUGCAGGCAUACUCAAUAAACCCAAUAACCAAAAUAGAAUCAUUGAAAAAUUGCACCAGCAGGGCAGACAACCGGUGUGCUAAAGGCACCAGAUUGUGCAGAUACAAAAAGAGUGGAACAAUAAAUAAAUAAAUAAAUAAAUAAGCAAGCAAUAAACAUUAAGAACAUUAGAUGAAGAGUAUUUGAAAGAGAAUCCAUAGUUUCUGGGAACAGUUCAUUGAUGGGACCAGUGAAGUUCUCCCUCUGGUUCAAGAGCUUGAUGGUUGAGGGGUAAUAACUGUUCCUGAAUCUGGUAGUGUGAGUCCUGAGGCUCUUGUACCUUCUUCCUGAUGUCAGCAGCCAGAAGAGAACAUGACCUGGAUGCUGCUUUCCUGAGACAAUGCUUCUCUAUUCAGUGAACACAUUAUGAAGAGAUACUGUUAAUAUCUUUAUCAGUUUUCUUCAGAACUGAAAUGCAGAUGUCCAGCCCCCAAAGCACAUGUUGUGUGUGUCUGACACUAAAAUUCAGAAACCAAAGUGGUCUGUGACCUAUGUGGGACACUUAAGGAACAGGCAGCGCUGGGUCAGACUCUGUAGUCACUGGAGUAAACACUUAUCACUAAAACACAGGAAUGAACACGCAAUCUUGUGUUCGUUGAAAAUUUUUUGUCAUGUAUUAUCUGUUAUUGGCAGCAGAGGGUGUGGAUCACUGAAGAGGGAAACUCACUGAAUGCAGCAUCACACAGACAUGAAGUGUUGAUACUAGAAUUGUUUAGGAAUUCAAUACUAAACAUGACUACAUCAGUAUUUUGUUUAGUAUUCAACAUUCUUUAACAUUUUAAAUGCCAGUGCCUGUGUUUAAUGUUAGAUUUAGUAUCAGCAAGAAUUAUUUUUUAAUUUAGAGAUACAACGCUGAACAGGCCCUAAUGACCCAACAAGCCGCACUGCCCGGCAACCCACCUAUUUAACACUAGCCUAAUCACAGUGACCAAUUGACCGACUAACUGCUACAUCUUUGGGCAGUGGAAGGAAACUGGAGGGAACCCCCGCACUCACAGGGAGGACACACAGCCGGAAAUGAACUCACAAAUCUGACGUCCUGAGCUGUAGUGGUUUUGUGUUAACCGCAACACUACCUUGGCACCCCGCAAAAGUGUACCCUAAUUCUAAAGCCAUCAUAGCGCAAAUUUAGAGAUCAUUUUCUGAAUGCAGCAGUCCAGAUUCAGGAACAGUUAUUACUCUUCAACCAUCAGGCUCAUGGGCCAGAGGGGAUAACUUCUCUCAGCCAAUGCUGAACUCUCCCCAAAACCUAAGGAUGCCCUUUGAAGGACUCUCCAUCUCAUGUUUGUGAUAUUUUUUAUUAUGUUUUAUUUCUUUGUAUAUACUGUGAUUGUCUGCAAAUGAAUGAAUCUUGGGGUUGUAUGUGGUGGCAUAAUGUACUUUACUAAAUUUACUUUUGAUUUUUGAUUCCUCUCAUUGUAGCAAGGUUAACAGUGUGAAGCUGUUUCUAGAUUGAGGAUUAAUGAGGACUAUGACUUGUGUCCUGAGAUCAUUGAUAUUCAUUGAAAGGAUCACAGGUUUAACAUCUGUAUUCCACCAGUGCGGUAGGUUCCCUUUGAGAACGCAUUCCUGUUCUUGAAGCAGCAUCUUUUUCUCUGUGUCCACCUCAGAUCCCAGUGCAACAGCUUGGUUGGAACUAGAAUCUGUUUGUGAGUACCUUGUCCUUCACUUUCUGCUUUGAUGGGCCAAGUUCCUGGAACAUAGGAAAAUGAGAGGAGAUUUGAUUGGUGCUGCGGUAGCAUUGUGGUCAGUGCGAUGCUGUUUUCAGCUCGGGGUGUCGGAGUUCAAAGUUCAAUUCCAGUGUCCUCUAAGCAAGUUUGUGUUUUCCUUCCCAUGUGCAAGUGGGUGCUCUGCUCUGGUUUCCUCCGACAGUCUGAAGUCAUACUGGUUAGUAGGUUAAUCAAUCAUUAUAAAUUGUCCUGUGAUUAUGCUAGGGUUAAAAUAGAUGGGUUGCUGGGUGGCACGGUUCAGUAGACUGGAAGGGCCUGUUCUGAGCUGUAUCUCUAAGUAAAAAUAAAAUAUAAAAUCAAAAAAUAUGCAAAAUUAUGGGAGUAUAGAUAAGGUAAAUGCAGGCAGGAUUUUUCCACUGAGUUUGGGUGAGAUAGAACUAAAGGUCAUAGAUUAAGGUUGAAAGGUGAAAUGUUUAAGGGGAACCUGAGGGGAAACUUUUUCAUUCAGAGGGUGGUGCAGGUGUGGAAUGAGCUGCCAUUGGAAGUGAUGGAUGUGGCUUCUAGUUUGACAGAAAUAGAAAUAGAGACAUGGAUAAAUAUUCAAAGCAGUUUCCCACUCUACUGCUGAAGUAGCUAUUUAAUGAACUUGGAUGCAAUGUCAGAAUACAUCCUCGGGGGGUCACUGUUGCCAAAGAAGCCAACUGGAAGUUUGACUUGUGUCAGUGGGAGUUGGCUAGGAAAUAACGGCUCAGUUGAAGAGCAAAGGGUUGUCCAGUUUCACAACCAAUUAUUUUUAUUCUUUCUAACAACAGCAUCGUUUCUGUAAUUGCAAAUGUGCACAUGAAGGAAUUGCAGGCUGCAGGAAAAGACUUAAGAGAGAAAGAUUAGCUUUAUCACACGUAUGUUGAAACACAGUGAAAUGCGUCGUUUGCAUAAGCACCAACGCAGUCCAAAAUUUGCUGAGGGCGAGAAUUGUACCUGAUCACUGGCACUGUAAAUCAUCAUGCGAACCGUUAUGUUACCAUGCCGCCCAGAGAUUGUAUGCUCAUCACUUGGUUAUUCGAAUAAAAAUCUUCCUCGUGCCUUAAAUUGAUAGCGGUUUAGAUUCAGUUUCUCAGAUGAAUCAGGUUUAAUAUCAGCGGCACAUGUUGUAAAAUUUGCUUUGUAACAGCACUUCAGUACAAUGCAGAAUGAAACUAUAAAUUACACUAAUAUAUACAGUAUAUAAAAUUAAAUUAAGUAGUGAAAAGAGAGAGCAAAAAAACAAUGAGCUAGUGUUCAUAAGUUCAAUGUCCAUUCAGAAAUCUGAUAGCAGAGCUGAAGAAGCUGCUCCUGAAAAGUUGAGUGCAUGUCUUCAGGUUCCUUUAUCUCCUCCUUGAUGGUAGCAUUGAGUAGAGGCAUGUCCUGGGUAAUGGAGGUCCUUAAUGGAUGCCGCUGCCUUGAGGGAUCGCCUUUCGAUGAUAUCCUCAAUGCUGGGGAGGCUAGUGCCCAAUGAUGGAACUGGCUGAGUUUACAACUUUCUGCAGCUUAUUUCCAUUCCUGUGCAGUUUUCCCUCAAUACCAGAAGUGAUGCAGCCAAUUAGAAAGUUCCACAUGGUACCUUCCUGUCGAAAUCUGUGGGUCUUUGGAGACAUAACAAGUUUCCUCAAACCCUGAAUGAAAUAUAGCUGCUCUUAUGUCUUUGUAAAUGCAUUAUGGCUGGAAAUUGUUACUGUGACUGGAUUUAGUCCUUUUAACCUGGGCCCAACAUAUCGAUGCAGCUAUAACGAAGGCAAGACAGAGAUUAUAUUUCAUUAGGAGCUGGAAGAGAUUUUUGAUGUGUCACCAAAAACACUUGCAAAUUUCUACAGAUGUACUGUGGAAAGCAUUCUGACUGGCUGCAUCAUUGUGAUAUGGGGUGGAGCAGCAACAGCACAGGAUCGAAGUAAGCUGCAGAGAGUUGUAAAAUUGGUCUGCUGCUCAUGAGCACUAGCCUCUUUAGUAUCCAGUACCUCUAUAGUGCCUCCAAAAAGGUGGUGUCCUUCAUUAAGAACCCCCAUCACCCAGGACAUUUCCUCUUUUCAUUGCUACCAUUGGGAAAGUUGUACAGAAGCCUAAAGGCACACACUCAGUGAUUCAGGAACAGCGCCUUCCCCUCUGCCAUCUGAUUUCUGAAUGGACAUUGAACCCAUGAACACUAUCAUGCUAUUUUUAAAAAUUUCUUCUUUCACUUUUACACUAAUAUAUACAUUCAUAGUGUAAUUCAGUUUUUUCUAUAUUUAUCACGUAUUGCAUUGUACUGCUGCCAUGAAAGUAACAAAUAUCACAACAUAUGCCGGUGAUACUAAAUCUGACUGUGAAACGCCAGUGUUUUAUUUUUAAGCUGGUUAACAUGGACAAAUAUAAAACCAGACCAAUCAUAUGGCAGAUCUCCAGUGUCCCUUGCACAUCUACUAUCAAUAGUAAUAUUAACUGGUCAUUCAUCUCACAUAGGUAUUGCUGGGCAAAGUGACUUUUCAGAACUAAAGUAACCUCAUGAUCAAGUUUAUUGCCUGAGGGUACUUGGAGACACGAGGAGUAAGAAAACACUAGAAGUGCUAGGUCUUUAUUUCUGCCCUGUAGCAACAAUUGAGACAAGGAAAUGUAUAUUGUAUACUAUGGUUCUAUCUCAUCUGAAGGACAAUGCAUUAAGUGAAUAAAUAAAAUUAUGGCUAAGGGAAGUAUGAUAAAAUAUUAAAGCAUUCACUCUAUAAUUUUUGUGAUUUCUUGAAGGAUUUUUUUUUUCUUCUCUCCAGUUUUAAACUGGAUUGGAUAUUGCAGUGGUGUGGAGCCUCAUUCAGAAAAGACAGCCUGGUACUUCAUGCAGUGAGCUGGCAUAGUCUACCAUGAACUUAAAAAAAAGGUGGUGGAAGCUGAUAGAACCUUAACUUCGAAAAGGGAGUUGGUCGAGUCCUUGAAGAGGGCAAAGAUGCAGAGAUGUUGACAAGGGUAAAGUUAUAGGAGUGAUUGAGUUAGUUCUUCAAAAAAAAAGUUAGCAUAGUUACAGUGGGCUAAAUGGGCUCAAUUUGCAGUGUCAUCCUAUAAGCAAUGAUUAUUGCUUAUAAUUGAUGAUCCUACACUUAGUUGACGAAUUAUUAUUAUUUUAACCAGCAAAUUUCCUCACCAACCACAAAAGCAAGUGAAGAUGGUAGACUAGCAGAAUUCCAGUGCUUGGCAAUAGUGACAUGGCUAAGGGAAACGCGGUAAAAUAUUAAAGCAUUCACACUCUCAUAAUUUAAAUGAAUUCAAAAUUAGUGGAUGACUGAAUGGACAGCAAAAGGAUAUCAGUAGUCAAAAGGUUUAAAGAUUUGUAAGGUAUAACACGUCAUUUGUGUCGAACAAAACAGUCAGAGGAACGCGCUUGGGGCAGCCUGCAAAUGUCACCAUGCUUCCGGCUCCUCAUAGCAUGAGCACAACUUACUAACCCUAACCCUGGUCUGUACAUCUUUGGGAUGUGGGAGGAAACCAGGUCACCCAGAGGAAACCCGCAAAGUCCUUACAGAUGGUGGAGGGAAUUAAACUCAGGAUCAGAAUUAGGUUGAAUAACACUGGUGUAUUUCAAAAAAUGUGUUGUUUUGCAUUAACAGUACAUUGCAAUAGAUACUGAAUUACAAUAAGAAAUGAGGUAGCUUUUCAUUUUCUGUUUAGAAAUCUAACGGUGGUGGGGAAGAAGUGAGUGGCUGGCUUCAGGCCCCUGUACCAUCUCAUUGUUUCCUUGAUGGUAACAAUUAGACAAGGACACGUCCUAAGUGAGUGGGGGGGGGGGGGGGGGGGUCUCAAUGACAUGCCAGCAUUUUGAGGCAUCACUUUUUGAAGAUGUCCUCAAUACUGGGAAGGCUACCUCUGCCCAUGAUGGAACUGGCUGUGUUUACAACCCUCUGCGGCUUCUUCAGAUCCUGUGCAGCGGCUCCUCCAUACCAGACAGUGAUGCGACCACUUAGAAUGCUCUCCACACACAUCUGUAGAAAUUUGUGAGUCUUUGACAUACUGUCUCCUCAGAGAUGCAUGCUAACUGCUAUGCUAUCGUGCCACCCUUAGUCUAGUGAGAGCGACAGAAAAUGGACAAUCUUGCCUAACAUUUUAACGUCACACAUCUAAGAGAAGGAAAAGCACAAUUUGUGAGAGAAUAGUGAGAAUUGUGAAAAGGGUGAGAUCUUGAGCACGUAUGGAUUCGUAAAGGCAGCAGGACGAAUAUGCAGAGUGCUUAAGAUGCUACAGAAUGAGAUCAAUCAGUAAAUAUCAGUAGUUGGGCUACAACUAAAGCACAGUACAUUUCAGUUGGGUAUAGUACAUCUGUUUGUGAUGUAUAUAAAUAACCAAGAUGAAGAUGUAGAUAGGUUGGUUUGUCAGUUUGCAGAUGAUACAAAGAUUGAUGAUGUUGGGGAACAUCAUGUGUGAUGUUGUGUUGAUGAACAGGAGGAUCUUGGGGACCAAGUUUAUAGCUGCCUGAAAGUGGCUAUACAGGUUGGUUAUGAAGGCAUAUGGUAUGCUUGUCUUUUUUAGUUGAGACACUGAAUUCAGAAGCCAGGAAGUUACAGUAUGUUGCUGCUUUAUAAAACACUUGUUGCGCCAUAUUUGGAGUAUUGCAUACUGUUCUGAUAGCUCCAUUAUAGGAAGGAUGUCGAGGCUUUGGAGAGGACGCAGAAGAUAUUUACCAGGAUGCUGCCUGGAUUAAGGGGCUUGAGCUAUAAUGAGAAGUUGGACAAGCUUGGGUUGUUCUCUCUGGAGCGGCAAAAGUUGAGGGGAGAUCUGAUAGAGGUUUAUAAGAUUAUGAGAGGCAUAGAUAGAGUAGACAAAUAAUGUCUUUUUCCCCCCAGGGUUGAAAUACCAGAGGGCAUGCAUUUAAGGUGAGAGUGGGUAAUUUCAAAGGAGAUGUGAGGGGUAAGUAUUUUACACAGUGAGUGGAAGGUGCCUGGAAUGGGCUGCCUCUGGUAAUGGUAGAAAUACAAGCAUUAGGGACUUAAGAGAUGUUUAUAUAGGCACCUGUAUGUGAGGGAAAUGGAAAUAUAAGGACAUUGUGUAGACAGAAAGGGUUGUUUAAUUGUCCAUUUGGUUACUGGUUUAAUUGGUUCGGCACAACUUUAUGGGCUGUACUAGGUACUCUACUAUGUACAGUUCUGGAUCCAACUUUUUGCCAAUGGUCCCUGCACAUGCCUAGGUCAGGUGUGAAGAGCUGUUGCAUUGGCUUUCCAUAUCUCACAAAUAUGACAGUGUUUUGAAGAAGUGACCACGAGGAUCCACGAGAGGCUUUAUAUGUAGAUUUUUGCAAGACUUUUGACAGGACCUUGUGCUGUAGACUAGAACAAAAGGUUGGACCUGUGGUGAGUUAGCCAAUUGUAUACACAAUUGGAUCUGUUGUAGAUUUUCAGAUUGGAUACCUUGGCCAGUGAUGUGGCACAGGGACUGGUGAUGGGUCCACGAAUGCUUGUAAUCUGUAUUCCUGAUUUAGGUGGGAAUGUAGGUGCCAUGAUCUGUAACUUUAUAGAUGACACCAGAAUUGGUAGUAUAGUAUACAAUGAAGGUUGUCUAAGGUUACAGCAGGACCUAGGUUAACUGGAAAAGUGGACAAGGGAAUAAGAUGUUCAGGGUCAAAAGAAGUUGCAGGGAAUUAAAGGUGUAGCCAGCUCCAUCACGGGCACAAUCCUCCCAACCAAUGGGGACAUCUUUGAAAGGUAGUGCCGCGAGAAGGCAACAUUCUUCAUUAUGGACCUUCACCGCCUAGGACGUGUAAUCUCAUUACUGCCAUCUGGGAGCAGGUACAGGGGCCAGAAUGUUUUAGGAACAGCUGAACAGCUUUGCCAUCAGAUUUCUGAAUGGUCCAUGAACAAUAUCCCAUUAUUCAUCUUUUAUGCUAUUUAUUGUUGUAACAUAUUGUGAUAUUUUAAUGUUUUGCAAUGUACUGCUGCCACAAAACAACACAUUUCACAACUUAUACAGUAAUAAUAAACCUGAUUGGGCAGGAGGUACAAAGCCAUAGUUAAUUAACAAUUAUUACUGUACAACCAUUAAACUUCUGAACCAGUGUGGAUAACUUCAAUCACCCCUACUCUGAACUGAUUCUAUGACCAAUAGAGUCACUUUCAACGACUCUUCGCAACUCGUGUUCUCAGUAUUUUUGUUUCUACAGUUUUUUUUUUUGCCCAAUGAUUGUUUGUCAGUCUUUGUUUAUUGUUUUUUAUAAGUUCUAUUGUAUUUCUUAUAUUUUCUCCUGUAAAUGCCUGCAAGAAACUCAAUCUCAAGGUAGUAUAUGGUAAAAAUACGUACUAUAAUAUUAAAUUUCCUUAGAACUGCAAUUCUGAUCGGGGAAGAGUGUCUGCGGCCUGCAGUCAAUGAACAACACAGUGCUAAAUUGAACUGAACUGAAAUAAACUGAGCAUUCCUAGACUGUUUCAAGGACUUAUGGUUUGAUGUUUUAUAUUUUGUUUUUUUUUUUGCUCUUUUUUUUUACCAUUUGCACGAUUUGUUCUUUUUUUGGAUGAUGGGGUUUUGAUGUUUUUCUUUGAACAAGUUCCAUGGUUUUCUUUGUUUCAUGGCUAUCUGUGGGAGGUGGAAUCUCAGGGAUGUGUACUGCAUACAUUGAUAAUAAAGUUGAAUUUGAAAUGA